AUGGGACAAACGUUUAGUUUUGCCAACAUCUUCGGAAAGGUGUGGGGAGCCUCCAAAGAAAUCAGAAUAUUGAUUUUGGGACUUGAUGGUGCUGGGAAGACCACCAUUCUCUAUCGUCUUCAGAUGGGUGAAGUUGUGACCACGAAGCCGACAAUCGGAUUCAAUGUUGAAACUCUCAAGUACAAAAAUUUGACUCUUAACAUUUGGGAUUUGGGUGGACAGACAUCUAUCCGACCCUACUGGCGAUGCUAUUACUCGAAUACAGCCGCAGUCAUAUUCGUUGUUGAUUCCACCGACAAAGAGCGUAUUGAUGUUGCUUCUAAAGAAUUGCACAUGAUGUUGAAGGAAGAAGAAUUAUUAGACUCGGCGUUGUUAGUGUUCGCUAAUAAACAGGAUCAACCUGGAGCAAUGACCGCAGCUGAGGUGUCGAUGGCUCUCAAUUUGACAGAAUUAAAGGACCGCAGUUGGAGUAUCGUGGCCAGUAGUGCCAUUAAAGGAGAAGGUUUGCACGAAGGGUUAGAUUGGUUGAUGGAUGUGAUUAAGGAGGAGCAGUUAUAA